AAUUCAAUUAUGGUGUUCUAUUUGGGCCCUAUUCUUCUGUACAGAGGGGCUCUGGCGAGGGCAAGGAGCUGCAAUUACAAUAUUGCAGGGGCCAUUGGCGUUUUUGUGUUUUAAUUGUGAGGGGUCUCAAUGCAAAGAAAGCCGUUUGCUCGCUGUAUUCGUGAAAACGAAGCUCGUCCUCAGAGGCAUUUCUUCGAACACCUCGGCUACAAAGUAUACUUCCCCUCCCUUGCUAUCAACGCUGCGUGUGCGAGCAAUGGUGGGUCUCUCCGAGGGGGAGAGGCGCUUCAUCCGGGGCGGGAUCGCGCAGGAUCUUCGAUCGGACGGUCGCCGUAGGCUCCAGUAUUGCCCCAUCUCCGUCCAAACUGGUGUCAUUCCCCAGGCGAAUGGCUCGGCUAGAGUUAGGUUGGGGGCAACGGAUGUUAUUGCGACCAUAAAGGCGGAACUUGGGAAACCAAGCCUUCUUCAACCUGACAAAGGAAAAGUUUCAAUUCAUGUCGACUGCAGUCCAACUGCAGCUCCUAUGUUUGAGGGAAGAGGUGGUGAAGAGUUGUCCUCAGAACUAUCAUUAGCUCUGGAGAGAUGUUUACUGGGCGGAAAAAGUGGGGCAGGAGCUGCAAUCGAUCUAUCGUCUCUGAUUGUUCUUGAUGGAAAGGUGUGCUGGGAUUUAUAUAUUGAUGGACUUGUCAUUAGUUCUGAUGGUAAUCUACUGGAUACUUUAGCUGCUGCAAUUAAGGUUGCCUUGAGUAAUACGGGGAUACCAAAAGUUAACAUUGUUUACGAUGGCUCGCCUGAUGAUCAACCUGAGGUUGAUGUUAGUGAUGAAGAGUUUCUGCAGUUCGACACUUCCGGAGUACCAGUUGUAAUAACUCUAACGAAGGUAGGAAAGCAUUACAUAGUGGACGCUACCGCAGAAGAGGAAUCUCAGAUGAGCUCUGCCGUGUCAGUGUCAGUGAAUCGAAAUGGGCAAAUUUGUGGGCUAAUCAAGAGGGGCGGCACAGGUUUGGAUCCAAGUGUCAUUCUCGACAUGAUAUCUGUGGCGAAACACGUAAGCAAAGAACUAAUCUCCAUGUUGGACUCUGAAAUUGCUGCUGCAGAAGCAUCUGAUGACGAAAGCUGAAAUUUAUCUUCUCAAUAAAAGAGAAAACAUGUGAAAUUUAUUAUCAUUGACAUAAGUUAAUGUUUGUUUUCCUAGCAAAAUACUAUUGAUUGUAUUUGUUAAACUAUCUUUAAGUGUACAUCAAUGAACAUAUAUCAAUCCGGUAAAAUGAUUAUGCUUUUAUAA